CGGUGGACGAAUCGUGGAACUGGCGGAUUUUCAGUAAUUGUUGAUUGGAGAUCUCCAAAUAUUGCACUGAUUAUUGGUUACCGUGUUUUAAUAACUUUUCUCGCGGCUAAUCUUUUUGUUAACUUUAUCUCAUAAUUAAAAAAUACAAAAUAGUGUUAAAUAAUUCUAAACUUCGAGGUCUUUGAUCGUUUGUUGGUGAAUACAAGAUGUCGGUGUGCUUCCUUGUGCCUACUCAUCAUUUUGCCAGUUGGUCCCUUUAAUAAAAAAAAGACUUAUUUAUUCUAUUCAAUCUAUAAAUUAAUCCGGAUAGUAAUUUUAACAAUGUCGUUGAGGGAUCAAGAGGGUAAUGCUCCUGAAAUAGAAGAAAUUGAAGGAGAGAUUGAAGAGUCUCCAACAGUUCAUAUCCAUACAACACUUAAUAAUUACUGGGCUAAAGUUAAUGAGGAUAUAAAGAAAAUAACUGCUGAUGACUUUAAAACACAAUCACUACCCCUAGCCCGGAUAAAAAAAAUAAUGAAACUGGAUGAGGAAGUAAAAAUGAUAUCUGCAGAAGCCCCAAUAUUAUUUGCAAAAGCCUGUGAGAUAUUCAUACAUGAGUUGACCUUACGGGCCUGGUCACAUACUGAAGACAAUAAGAGGAGGACCUUGCAGCGGAACGAUAUAGCAAUGGCAAUAUCUCGUUCAGACCAAUUUGAUUUCUUAAUCGACAUAGUUCCAAGGCAAGAGAUAAAAUUUAACCGUGUCAGAGAGGAAACCCGAGUGAAUGCACCGGCAGAUCCUAUAAAUGUCCCAGUGCAACACACAUCUCCAGUUGCGAGUACACAAGUUGUGACACAACCCUGCACACAAAUCGUUCAGCCGUCAUCGAGUACGACGUCAGCGAGCAGCAGCAAUCAAGCUGUCACAUUGUUACAACAAGUCGUGAACUCGUCUGGAGAAGUUCAACAUGUUCCUCUUAUCCUGUCACAAGCCCAACUGACCAUGAUCCGCAUGCAGAUGCAGAACAAUCCAAACGCGCCCAUCAUCCUCCAGGCCCAGUCGCAGUCCCAACAGCAAGAGCCACAGCCCAUUCAGCUAAUGCUGUCACAAGCCCAGCUGAACAUGAUCCGUAUGCAGAUGCAGAACAAUCCAAACGCGUCCAUCAGCAUACAGGCUCAACAACAGUCCCAACAGCAGACGCCACAGAUUAUUCAGGUAUCAUCGCAAGGUGCGCACGCGCCGCACCAAAUCUUUCUGGCACAUGUGUCGGGACAGGAAGAGUCCUAGUAUAAAUGUGAAUUGUCAAAGUGUGAUAAAGUGAAUUAAAGGCCGGACUGUUAUUAUAAGGCCAAGACUAUUAUACAGUGAUUCGUGUCUACCAUAUCGUAGUCCUCGGUUUGAGGCCAAGUUAAAGAAAUUGAGGCAUUAAAGAUUAAACAGAGAAAUGAGA